ACUCCUCCUCCGCUUCUCUCUCACCUGCUUCUAGAAAGUAGCUCCACACUGCACUGGGAGACUUCGCCCAGCAAAACUUUUCCUGUGUCCUGCAUCCAGUCCAUCACAACAACUAUAGUCAUGCGGAUAGCUGUGAUUGGGCAGAGCAUCUUUGGUAAAGAAGUAUAUAAAGAGCUGGUGAAGGAGGGACACCAAGUGGUGGGAGUGUUCACGAUUCCUGAUAAAGCUGGCGGCAAGCCAGACCCACUAGGAGCAGAAGCGGAGAAGGAUGGCGUUCCUGUCUUCAAAUUCCUGCGCUGGCGAGUGAAGGGUCAGGCGCUUCCGGAGGUGGUGGAGCAAUACAAAUCAGUGGAGGCCGAGCUGAAUGUCCUUCCAUUCUGCUCUCAAUUCAUCCCCAUGGAAGUCAUCGAUGCUCCAAAAUAUGGAUCUGUCAUCUAUCAUCCCUCCAUCCUGCCUCGACAUCGGGGGGCCUCCGCCAUUAACUGGACGCUGAUGCAGGGAGAUAAGAAGGGCGGCUUCACCAUAUUCUGGGCAGAUGACGGGCUGGAUACGGGCGACAUUGUCCUGCAGAAAGAGUGCGACGUCCUCCCAGAUGACACCGUCAAUUCACUAUACAACAGAUUCCUCUUUCCCGAGGGAGUUAAAGGCAUGGUGGAAGCCGUUCAGCUCAUUGCACAAGGCUCCGCUCCCAGGAUCCCACAACCAAGCGAAGGGGCCACCUAUGACCCAAUACAAAAGAAGGAUAAUGCAAAGAUUAACUGGGACCAACCAGCAGAAGCAAUACACAACUUCAUCAGAGGGAAUGAUAAGGUGCCCGGAGCCUGGACCGAGGUCAAUGGAAGUAAAUGGACUUUUUUCGGUUCCUCCUUCACGUCUAAUGGACCAAACCCAGAUGGAGAACCUCUGGAGAUUCCUGGGGCGUCACAACCAGCCGUGGUCACAAAGCAUGGCCUGGUGCUUUAUGGAAAUGAUGGAAAAACUCUGACGGUGAAGAACAUCCAGUUUGAAGACGGGAAGAUGAUUCCAGCAUCUCAAUACUUUAAGUUGUCGGACAAUGCAACCUUACAGCUGUCCCCAGAGGAGCAAGCCGUAGCGGAUGAAAUGCGAGCUGCCUGGAAGAGAAUCCUCACCAAUGUCUCUCAGAUUGAAGACUCCACUGACUUCUUCAAGGCUGGAGCUGCAUCUAUGGAUGUAGUCAGGCUGGUGGAGGAAGUGAAGCUGAAGUGUAAGGGGCUGCAGCUUCAGAAUGAAGACAUCUAUAUGGCCACCAAGUUUGAGGAGUUCAUUCAGCUGCUCGUGAGGAGGCUCCGAGGGGACGAUGAGGAGGAAAUACUCAUAGAUCACGUGGAGAAGGACAUUAACAAUAUGAAGAUCAGGAUUCCUCAUCAGCUUUUCAUCAAUGGACAGUUUGUGGACGCUGAAGGUGGGAAAACCUACGACACCAUUAACCCCACGGACGGGGAGGCCAUUUGCAAAGUGUCCCUGGCCCAGGUGUCUGAUAUCGAUAAAGCUGUGGCUGCUGCCAGAGACGCCUUCGAGAAUGGUGAAUGGGGCAAAAUGAAUGCAAGGGAUCGGGGCCGAUUGAUCUACAGGCUUGCUGACCUCAUGGAGGAGCACCAGGAAGAGCUGGCCACCAUUGAGUCCAUAGACUCGGGCGCCGUGUACACGUUGGCGCUGAAGACUCACGUGGGGAUGUCCAUACAGACCUUCCGAUACUUUGCCGGCUGGUGUGAUAAAAUUCAGGGCUCCACCAUCCCAAUUAAUCAAGCUCGACCGAAUCGGAAUUUGACCUUCACCAAGAGAGAGCCCAUUGGAGUGUGUGGAAUCGUUAUCCCCUGGAACUACCCACUCAUGAUGUUGGCGUGGAAAACAGCAGCUUGUCUGGCAGCAGGUAACACGGUGGUGCUGAAGCCAGCUCAGGUGACCCCAUUAACAGCUCUGAAAUUUACUGAAUUAACUGUAAAAGCCGGAUUUCCUAAAGGAGUGGUUAAUAUCCUGCCUGGAGCUGGAUCUCUUAUUGGUCAACGUCUUUCGGAUCAUCCUGAUGUCAGGAAAAUAGGAUUCACAGGGUCCACCCCCAUAGGGAAGCAUAUCAUGAAAAGUUGUGCAGUGAGUAAUGUGAAGAAGGUGUCACUGGAGCUCGGAGGGAAAUCUCCUCUGAUCAUCUUCAGUGACUCUGACCUGGACAAAGCUGUACGGAUGGGGAUGGGUGCCGUGUUCUUUAAUAAAGGUGAAAACUGCAUCGCUGCCGGGCGGCUAUUUGUGGAGGACUCCAUUCAUGAUGAGUUUGUGAAGAGAGUGGUGGAAGAAGUAAAAAAGAUGAAGAUUGGAGACCCACUGGACAGGUCCACAGACCACGGACCCCAGAACCACAAGGCCCACCUAGAUAAACUAAUUGAGUAUUGCCAAAUGGGCGUGACGGAGGGCGCCACGCUGGUGUACGGUGGAAAACAGGUCCCAAGACCAGGCUUCUUCUUCGAGCCGACCAUAUUCACAGAUGUGGCAGAUCACAUGUUCAUCGCUAAAGAAGAGUCGUUUGGUCCCGUAAUGAUCAUCUCGCGGUUUUCAGACGGUGAUAUUGACGGGGUCUUGAAGAGGGCGAAUGACACCGAGUUUGGUCUGGCAUCUGGAGUAUUUACCCGAGACAUCGGCAAGGCCCUGUACGUGAGCGAGAAGCUCCAGGCCGGCACCGUCUUCAUCAACACCUACAACAAAACCGACGUCGCUGCGCCAUUCGGGGGCUUCAAACAGUCCGGGUUUGGGAAGGAUUUGGGUGAAGAAGCGCUGAAUGAAUAUCUAAAGACGAAAGCCGUUACUAUCGAGUACUAGAAACAGGACACCACCAUGUAUAGGGUCGUAUUA